AUGUCCUCCACCGUGAACAACGGGGCGGCCAGCAUGCCGUCCCCACCCGACGCCGCCAACGGCUUCCCGCAGCCCGGAGCCUCGACGGGGGCCUGGCCGCGGGCCGAGGAGGAGCUGCGCACCGCGGAGCCGGGCCUGAAGCGCGCGCACCGCGAGAUCCUGGACCACGAGCGCAAGCGGCGCGUGGAGCUCAAGUGCAUGGAGCUGCAGGAGAUGAUGGAGGAGCAGGGGUACUCCGAGGAGGAGAUCCGGCAGAAGGUGGGAACGUUCCGGCAGAUGCUGAUGGAGAAGGAAGGAGUGCUCACCAGGGAGGACCGACCUGGGGCCCACAUCGUGGCGGAGACCCCACGGCCAGCAGAGGGUGCAGAGCCGGGCCUGGAGUACGCGCCCUUCGAGGAGGAUGACGGCCCAGUGGAUUGCGACUGCCCGGCCGCCUGCUACCGCGGGCACCGCGGGUACAGAACCAAGCACUGGUCCAGCAGCUCGGCGUCGCCCCCUCCCAAGAAAAAGAAGAAAAAGAAAGGCGGCCACAGAAGAAGCCGCAAAAAGAGGAGACUAGAGUCAGACUGCAGCUGUGGGAGCGCCUCACCCCUGCGCAAGAAGAAGAAAAGUGUAAAGAAGCACCGCAGAGACAGGUCUGAUUCCGGGUCCCGGAGGAAGAGACGGCACAGAUCGAGGAGCCCCAAGAGCAAAAGAAAAGAAAAGAACAAAGAGAGGAAGAGGCCUCACGCAGAGUCCCCAAGCCGAAGGUCCCACCRCCACAGCAGUGGCAGUUCCCCCAGCCCCUCGCUGUCCUCGCACUUCAGUGACUCCGGAUCACCUAGCAGGCUGAGCCCCAAGCACCGAGASGACGGGCGAAAGACGGGCAGCCAGCGGUCCAGCGGGAGCCGGUCGCCUUCCCCGUCAGGCUGCAGCGGAUGGGGGUCGCCCCAGCAGAAUGGCGGCAGCAGGCAGCGGAGCGGAGCGCACCGUGGCCGCCCUGGCUCGGCACACAGCCCGCCCGAUAAGCCCAGCUCGCCCUCGCCCAGGGCCCGUGACAAGGCAGCGGCCGCGGCACCCACGCCGCCCGCGCGGGGGAAGGACAGCCCGAGCCCGCGAUCCGCGCCGUCGUCGCAGGGCCGCGGAGGCCGCGCGGCGGGCGGGGCGAGGCGGCGGCGGAGGCGGCGGCGGCGGCGCUCGCGGUCCUCGGCGUCCGCACCCCGCCGCAGGGGCCGCCGGCGCGCCCGGCCCGCGCCGCCCCGGGGCUCGUCGCGCUCGCUCAGCCGGGCCCACUCCAGCAGCGACUCGGGCGGUGGCGGCGCCCCGGGCCCCGGGCCCGAGACGGGCUCCGAGCGAGGCCACGGCGGACACGGGAAACGGGUGAAGGAGCGGCCAGCGCGCGCGCGGCCGGCCAGCACCUCGCCGUCCCCUGACCCGCACGGCAGGCGCGGCGGCCCUGAGGGGAAGAGCUCGUCWCGCAGCCCGGGUGCCCACCCCCGGUCCUGGAGCUCCAGCCGCUCCCCCUCUAAGUCCCGCUCGCGAUCCGCGGAGAAGAGGGCCCGCAGCCCCAGUCGCUCUCUGUCGCCCAAGAAAGCCGUCGGCCGGGACAAAGACGGAGAGGGCCGCACGAGGCAUGCAGAGGCCGAGGCCGCCCGCGCCCGGCGCCGCUCGCGCAGCUACUCGCCCAUCCGCAAGCGGCGCCGCGACUCGCCCAGCUUCAUGGAGCCACGGCGCAUCACCAGUGCCCGGAAGCGUCCUAUCCCCUACUACCGGCCCAGCCCCUCCUCCUCCUCCAGCUGCCUGAGCAGUGACUACUCAAGCAGGAGUCCCAGCCGCAGCCCCAGCCCAGGCCACAGCCACGGAAGCUACAGCAGUCGCAGUCGCGGGACCCGCAGCCGCACACACAGCCCCUCCCGGACCCCCAGUCCCAGCUACCAAAGCCGGAGCAGCUCUGAGAGUGGGGGUUUCUGA